UUGGGAGAGGGGAAAAACUUUAAGCGGCCGAAUGCAAGCCCCCUCGUCUGCAAACUAUCACGCGUCUUGUCGCGAAAGUUAAUUGUUUUGUUCUGGUGUUGUGUGCAUGUGAAGAACCGUUGUGUGCACCCGAGGGCUUGCGGAGAACUUCAAGUUUGGACUCGACAGUCCGAAGAGACAGCCAAUGCAUUCUUUCUGCAGACGCCAAAGCACAUUACGAAGGCAGGCAGUGAUAGUGGACGCGUGAACGCCGAAUGGCGUGUUUUUGUUUUGUUCGAUGGUUUUCAUAAACACUGGCGAUGUGUUCGUUGGCUGUGGCAACGUGUGCCCGAGUUGUUUAGAUCAUGAUCAAAUGAUCUAGCGUCUCUUGCAGAGGAAAGCAAAUAUGAGGUGAAUUCUGCUGUAGCUGCCAUGAAGUCUGCAUUUAAGGAACGACAGCUAUCUGAGUAUUCAAGUGCGUCUCAGCGUCCGAAGCGCAAUGCUUCCGCCAAAGGCUUGGGUUCCAGUAAUGGUCUACACUGGAUGGAAGAAAAACAGCUCAAAAAGGCUCUCUAUGCCUCCCUCAACGAGACCAAGAAAGUGCGCCUUCUGGAUGAGAAUGUGUCGGAAGACAGCCGAGAGCAGACGCCAAAGACAGUAUCAAGUUCUUCCAUCUCCAAAAAAACUAGUGAUGCUGAAUCAAAAAGGAUCAAGGUUCAUGCACAGCGAAAGUUUGCACAAGGCUCAAACCCCAGCAGCCCAAUGCCAACGCCAGUAAAGAUGAUUCCAACGAUCAGGGAAGUGAGGGAGCCUGUCGGACCCCCGUCCACGCUGCUUCCUUGCAAAAGGCGACCCAAGACUGAAGACUUCUUGACGUUCCUCUGCCUGAGAGGCACCUCGGCGCUUCCUCCGUCUCUGGACUUCAUGGGUGGAGCUGGUUGUUCGGGCACCUCGUCCGAGCGAAGCAGCAGCCCCGACGGCGACUCCCGCCUGGCCCCCCCUGCCUGUGACACCAGAGAGACUAGCAAGGGUGCCAACGGGAGCUUGACAAUGAGCAGUUCGACCGACACACGGUCGUUGAUUCAACGAUCGCAACGGUCCAAUCAGCGGUGUCCUAGGAGCGACUCUGCUGAAGAGCCUCGUUCCACUAAUGAGCCUUGUGCAGGGAGGGCUGUGAAGCAGAAAACUGACAAAAAGAAGAUUGCUCUUGAAAAGACUGCCAAGAGCACUCGGAUGCCAAACAGGCCCAAGGACAUGAAAAAGUGCAGCACAGCACCAAAGCUGGCUUCAAGGCGCAACGUUAGCUUGGCAGCUCUGAAAGCCAAAUACAAAAAACAAAGAUUAUUCCAAAAAGCAGCUCAGCCAAGUGGAGGAGGUCAUGUGCUGAGGUCACGAACUGUUCGUGAGCCAGUGAAACCAUCUGCAAAAUCUGUCUGCGAUGCUACCAAGAGCAGCAGUGUCAUUCCAAAGAGACCGUCGGACACAAGGGAAGACAUAUUCUGCAAGGAGAAGAUAGUCCUGAAAAAGCAACUGAGUGUCCGGCUGACACGGCUCUCACCCAGGUUGGCAGCCUCCGUGAGGGCAUACUCUUCGGGUGUGACGACACGUGGUUCUUUGGCCAGGGGUGGGAUCACGCCACAUGUAAGGAAGGCAAAAUUGGUCCCGCCAAUAGUCGACUACGACUCGGAUAGCGAGAGGGACGUCUCCCCACUGUCACCGCAAACAAGAAACUUUGUGUUUUUUGGUAAGACAACUGUGGAAAAGGCUCCCGGGAAGUGUCUUGGAAGACGGCAGGGUCCCGGCAGAGCAAAAGUUCAGAUGCUGCCGCCAGCCAAGAAGCAGCAGUCGAAGUCGGCACAGAUUGCCAAGAAGCUCCUCAGCACUGCCAAGGGCCACGUCGCACCAAGGAAAGUUGGUAGGAACUCGCUAGCUGCAGUCUUCAGGAGGGAAACGCGAAGCCUAGGCCCUGUCAAGGAGUAUCCGCUGGUUCUGGCAUUACCAACAAAAACAAAGCGCGGCUCGGGUCGCUUCAGAAGUACAAGCUUGAAGAAAGAGGCACAAAAAACUCAAAAUCUGGUAGAGAGGAGACAGGCAUUGAGGCUGUCGCCUAGCAAAGGAGUUGGCCUUCGGAAUCCAUCUUUAAAAGGGCCCUGCGUAUCGACGAGGUUGGAUUCAAAGAAAGCAGCGAUGGAGCAGAAAGAAAAGAGGACAAGAAGUAGACCAGGCUUAAAAGUUUCUGAAAAGCUUUCUCUGUCGAGGAGGCCAUUGGAUGUCCGACGAAGAUCCGAGACCGCCCUCACUUCCAGCAGCAGCGCGAGACGGUGUACUAGAAGGGCUUAUUCGGCGUCGACUGACAAUGGUACAAAGGACGUUCCACCAAAACGAAAACCGGUUUCCUUGAGCAGCAAGGGAACUGGGCUUGCUGCGUUACAGGAAGCAUCAUUUUCAGAUAGUGACGAUGAACCGUUGAUUAACUUUGCUAACCGUGCAAGCCUGCUGGAAAAGUUGAACAUACGAAAAAAGGUAGAAGGGACUUCUCCCAAGACUCCCAUCAUUCCCAAAACACUCAUCGCAUCCAAGAGAAAAACCUCCUUGACUCCUAUAGGUCUAGUGGAGGCUAAACGAAAAGCCAGCACCAAUAGGCGAAAGUUUAAAGCGGAGAACAGUAAAGUAAACUCGGUAAAAACUGAGCUGGUCUCUGCACGUUUCUCCGAGCCAUCGCCGUCUUCCCUCUCGGAGACCAUUGCCGAUGCCGCCGGCGAUCCUCUAGAUCCGCCAGCCGACCUUCACGACCUCGACUCUAUGUCAGGAGGUGUAGAAGUGUUCGAUGCUCUUGCUGGCGAGAUUUCUCAGGUGAUGUCGUGCCGUCUCAGUUUUGGAAGUGCGCAGGAAAUCAGAAGCCUCAUGACCAGCGAGUUCUCGGGCGCUUUUGAUGAAAACGUAACUGCAGCUGGGGCAAUGCUGCUGGGGUCUCGUGAAGGCACAUCAACGUCGUUGGAAGCAGGGCUGAAUUUGAUCAAGCGGGAGGAAGUUCCAAGCAAGGCGACCGUUGGCACAAACACGAGCGAUGUCGACCUCCUUUCAGACUCGUUUGCAAGUUUGAACAGCUCUGACGACUAUGCAUUGCCCGAAGAGACGUCAGUCAGCACCCAGACAGAGAGCUCUCAUUCGCUCAACUGCAGGCGCAAUAUUUCGGUGUUUCGAAAACCAAGUGCCAAAAGUGAGCCCCCUGUUCCGUCGACGCUUGCGCCGAAAGGCAAGGGGAGUUCCCGGAAGGCUCGGGGACCUCUUGAAGACCUCAAGAAAGUGAAGCUGACACCACUGCACAGCAAGAAGUUUCCAGGAGAGAGAGAUGCAGCGUGCCUGGUGGUUGCCCCUACUUACAGGCCAACUGCAGAGGAAAUAAAGGAUCCCAUCGGCUACAUCAGCAAAAUCAGGGCGGAGGCUGAGAAGUUCGGCAUCUGCAGAAUUAUCCUGCCUUCUUCAUUUCAGCCGGAGUGCAAGGUCUUCGAUGAGAUGCGGUUCACUGCACAUAAUCAGUUCAUCCACCAAAUGUUCUCUCGUUGGGGGCCCAACGUUAAGCACACGGCAUGUAUCAAACGUUGCUUCAUGAAGCAGGGUAUCACCGACGACCAGCCACCUUUGAUUGGUGGCAUAGAGGUAGACCUGUCUCACCUGUACCACACUGUCCAAAGCUUUGGUGGUAUCCAGCAAGUGAUGGAAAAAAAGAAGUGGCAAAGGGUCGCCGAUGCUAUGCACAUUCCCAGAGCCGCCCAAGAUAGGGUAUCCAAAGUAGAUGAUGCAUACUGCAAGUUUGUGCUUCCAUAUGACCUCUUGUCACCUGAGGAGAAAGCGAAUGUGGAGAAAGAGGUGGAGGCUGAUCACGAACAGCAGUUGGCCGCUGAAAAUGAUGCCUCGGCUGCCUCUGCCGAAGAGGAACUGGAGGAAGAGUUUGGCAACGAGUGUGUCACUAAGGUUUCGAGGCCUUUUGGCAAAUGUUCCUCGUUUCAAGGCAUGACACGGCGGAAAGCAUGGACCGACCGAGGACACAUACGCAAGGGACGGACAAUGUCACUAAGUGUGUUUCAAAGAGUUGCAAGAAACACAAUGUCCAUGUGGUACAAGCAAGACCCUUCGGAUGAAGACGUGGAGAAGGACUACUGGGGCAUGGUGAUUGACCAGAAGCGGCAUGUCUGCGUUCAUGCUGGCAACAUUGACAGCAGUGUUCAUGGAAGUGGGUUUCCAACCAACCGAGUCAUUCCAUUUGCAAAACACCCUUGGAACUUGAAGGUGUUCACAAACAACCCGGGAACCGUUCUACGUUGCAUGGGACCUGUCUCUGGUGUCACUAUUCCAACACUGCACCUCAGCAUGCUGUUUACGACGGGCUGUUGGUAUCGUGACCCCCACUGCCUGCCAUGGAUUGAGUACCUCCACACUGGUGCCAACAAAAUAUGGUACAGUGUUCCAGCCCAAAGCUCCCAGAGGUUCCACUCUGCCAUGAAGGACAUUAUGCCUCAAGUUUGUAAGGAUAGUGUCAUCUGGUUGCCCUCCGACUGUGCCAUGGUGCCGCCUGCCCUGCUGGUGGAGAACGGCUGCCCCCUGAGUCGCACUGUCCAAGAGAAGGGGCAGUUUGUGGUCAUUUUCCCAGGAGCCUUCACCUCAACGAUCGCCUGCGGUUACUCGGUGUCAGAGUCUGUCUACUUUGCCACCAAGGACUGGUUGCUCACUGCAUCGCAGUGCUUUCAGCAUAUCAAGGCCAGCUGUGAACCCCCAACCUUCUCACUGGAGAAGCUGCUGCUGGGCAUUGGAACAGACUUGAAGGAAGACCUGGAGACAUGCCAGCGGACCCUUCCUCUCCUUCGCAGAAUGUGUGACGAAGAGCAUAGGUACCGCAGACAGCUGUCUGACCUGGGGCUCAAGACCUUUGAGCGGGUGCCAAAGGAAGAAGUCGUGGAUCGCAAGAAGGUCAAACGACCGCGGCUGCGCAGAGAGGAGAACGAACAGGGCUGUGAAACCUGCCGCAUCAGCUGCCAUGUGUCCAUGGUUGUAAAUAUCCACGAUGACACACUAUACUGCCUUGAGCAUGCGGUGCAGAGUUUACAGAAGAGGAGCCUCAAGUCCUGGAAACUCCUGUACAGCUAUGACAUGGACGAGCUGAGGUCGAUUGUUCAGAAGUUGGAAAGCCACAUCGAAAAUCAGAAGGCUUCAGCUGCGAAAGUUCUGACGGAAGCAGCUAAGAAGAAGUCUGUAAAGAAGAAAUGAAUUCCAGUUGACUUGUUUGUGAUGUGAACUUGCACAGCACAGCAAAAUGUGGUGUGCAGGUAAGGUGCUUGAUCUCCUGGCGGGCUUAGUUUGCGGUCAGUGUCAAAGAUUUUGUGUAUAUGGCUGUGCAACCACGUCCUUCAAAGUUACACAGCCCUUGGUGACACAGUUUCGUUGAGAAUGCCGGGUUUAAUUUAUUUUACUGCUCAGGCAGCGUAUAUGCAGAUGAGAUUAAAAACAAUGUACAGUUGACCCAGUCAGGUAUUAUACACUUUUUUUUACUUCGUAUUUUUAAAGACUUUACAUAUUUUUUUUUUGUCAGCUCGUCAACUGACAGUGGUCUGUUUUAACUGCAAUUUGAUGCAGUUGUCACUUGAGUGUUUGCAUCCUCAUCUUCUUUAUACACUGGCAUGGCAUUGUUAUUUUUUACUGACCGUCUGUACAGGGUAAGAGAUAUUUGUGUGAUUUUGCGUGGUGAAUGAUAAAGGUAAAUGAGAGAUUGCACAAUGAAAACAUGACUAUGCAAGUAUUCUGUGUUUCCCAUUGCUGGAGAGCUUUCUUUGUUUCAUGUGUCAUGUUAGCAAUCUCGUCUUUUCUUGUUUGCAUUCAAGCAUUAAGAAGUGUGAUAAACGAGCUCAUUGAAGGUUGCAGCUGCAUAAGAAACUCCGUGUUAAUCAAAACCUACGAUUUAUGAGGUUUGACAACAAAGUUCCCGGAUGAAUUUGAGGAAAUGGUUCCAUGUAAGUUUUGAGUUAAGGAUUGUGCUAGCUUCAAAGUAAUCUGUGCAAGGCUGUUGAUGCUAACAUUGCUGCCAUGUUUGAAUGCACUGUCGGGACUGACUGAGCUCCUUCAGUCAGUGCUCUCUGGAUAACUUCUGUUGGUGCUGAGUUUUAAAAUUCUUCAGUUUUGAAAAGAAGGAAAUUGCAAGGCACCCAACAGAAGAAUGGGUUUCUUGCACUUUUUUUUUUUCCUAAAAAUUGUUUCACAAGUUGUGUGAGUGAAUGUAUUAAUGUAACUAAAUUUUUGUUAUUUGAAACUGCCCUGCUUGCUGUUGGGGAAAAAUCUCCCAGUUGAAUACUCCUAUUGAUGUGACAGUCUCCAUUAAUCUGAAUGAAGUAGGGUAUCUUUUUUCUUGCAUAUCUUAGGAAGCGAGUGUACAUGGGCAUUUAUUAUGGCAUUACGGCAUCUCGUGUCCCAGUUAUGCCGAGAGAGUGCUCCCGCUGUGAUAUUUUUUUUUUUCCAUGGAUUAAUUUUAUAUAGUAUUCUUACUGAUUGAUAUGAACAGCCUCUUUUCCACCAGUGCUUCUGCCUGCUGCAAUCUUGUUGCACACAUUCUCUCAUGCACUCCCAUUUACUCUCCUGUAAACCUCCUCGGCUACUCAGCUUCUGAUAGAUGUGCACGCAUAUUUAUCAGAUGCCUGUAAACCUGUUUCAUCUCAGAGAUAUCUGUGAGACCUAGGUUCACCAACAAUGUGUAUGCUCCGUUUUUCGUUUAUGCUCUCUCGACAAAAACCGCGUGUGAGAAAACCAGUGCGCGAGCACUGGCAUUAGUGGUGCAAGAUGUCCGAAAGUGGCAGCUGACCCAGUGUUCUUGCAUGAAGAGGGGAAGAAUUGGUUCUGGAACCCAAUUGUCAUGCCUCGUAUUCAACAUGUCCCAGUUUUGCGUUGUGCGACACUUUCAAUGCCAAUAAAUUGUGUUAAGCACAUA